AUGACUGCCAAGAAGUCCAAUGGUGGCUCAGCACCACACAUCCACCUCAAGACCACUAGGACUCGCGCUAACCGUAUUUCUGGAGGAGGAGAAUCAGAGGGAGGCCAGCACAUGGAGAUAUGCGAAACGGUUCAUCACAACGGUUUCUGUAUCCUCUGCCGGGAUGGCUCUGCAUCAUUCAAAGAGAAUCCUCUCUUUAUGUGCAACCAUUGCCCCAGAGUGAUGUGCCGGCUGUGCAUGGAGCUCCCACUGGGCACUGAAGACACGAUCCUUGGUGAGGAUGUGUCUUUCAGGUGUAUAUGUUGCCACAUGACUAUGGAGAAGCAGGGCGCACUAUACUAUGGCUUCUACUAUCGUGACGGCACGACAGUCCUCCAGUCUUUUCUACGGAUCCACGCUUCCCUCGAACUCUCAUCACGCGCCGAAAUUUCCGCUGCCCCCAUCUUAUUCAUCCAUCUUGUCCUCAUCGACUUCGAAACUACUGGCAGCCCCUUCUCUUUCACUCAUUCGUUCCUCCAGCCGUACUUCACAAGCAGGGGUAUCGAAUAUCGUGAGAUUGCAUACGACAUUAUCUCUGCCCCGGGUGCUUACCUCAAAACGGUCGGUCAAAUUAUCAAGGCCCUCAAGAAUUCGUUUGUUUGGGAACACGUCGUCAUUGGUAUAUCCACCCACAGUGACAAUGACCAUGGUGACCUGUUUGCUGGGUACUCCUGUGAUGAUGGCGAGAAGCACUAUGGCAGCGCUGGAUCUGACGAAUUCUUGGAGAUUAUUCUCCGUCCAUGGCAGUCUCUCCUCGACUGUGCCAAGGAAACAUAUCUGUGGCUUUUGUGCUGUGGCUCCAUUGUCAACAACAGUGAUUCGUCCAUAGAGUUGCAACGUGCAGUAGUCCACCACAAGCUCUCCACCACCAUCGCUUUCAAUGCCCAGCAUUUCCAGCCAUCCUUUGCAUCUCAUUUGCUCCUGGCAUUCACGGAGCAAGUCCUCAUCGAACGUUGCCCCAUCCGCCUUGCCUUUGGUGAAAUGCUGGGUCAAUCAUACAAACUUGGUCGCCACACUGAUGUUCUGUUACUCACACCGCUUGAGGCUAGCCUCCAGAUCUCCAAGUUCACAUGGGGUGAUACAAACUUCCGGCCUUGGGGCGGCUUCCUGCCAAUCCAAUGCCCAAGCUGUGGGUGUACUAAUUCUUGGCAUUCAGCCUAUGCCAGGGCCAGUGGGGACAAGACCUAUGUCUUUGAGUGCAAGAAUACCACCUGUGACCAGAGUUUCAAGUUCAGUCAGCCUAAAGGCACCACCAUGCUGUCAGCAGGUAGGAAGCAGGGGUGUUCAUGGAUGGAGGUACCUGUGGAACCAUUGUUGACUUGA